GCAGCCCCGCCAGCCCCGCCGAGUCGCUGAGAUACGUGGAGGAAGGCGGCGGUUGUCGCUUUCAGUCAGAAAUUGGUAUUGUUUAGCUGCUCACUUCUACUCUGCAACAGUGUUCGCUCGUAGGUGUCCGCCCCCCAGGCAAUUUAAAGAAGGAUGGACGCUGAGGAUGCUAUGAAGCUGGGUGCAGUUGCAGUGGGCGUCGUCGGAGGGGUCUUGGCAGCCCCUGCGGUCUUGUCCGCCGCGGGCUUCGGCGCUGCGGGCGUGGCUGCCGGGUCCGUUGCCGCCUGGGCGCAGUCCUUCAUGGGCGGCGUGGUGGUCAAGGGAGGCGCCUUCGCCACCCUGCAGAGCUGGGGAGCCGCGGGCAUCCCCAUCGCAGCCAAGGCGGCCGUGGCCACGGUGGCGGGCGCCGUUGCCGGCUAUGCGGCUGACUCCGACAGCUGUGCGGACAACUAUUCGGACAACUGCUGAUGGACGGCACCGUACAUGGCACCGAACGCGCUUGACGUUCGAAGAACACGCUCAUUCUGUGUGUUGCUCACCA